AAUUUAUUAGUUGCUGAUAGUUCGAUUUAUCUCUGCCGUGGGGGAGCGGAAGAUGGAGAAACGAAGGCUGCUUUUCGCUGAAAUUUGCGAGGCAUCCGCUUCCAAUCCCCGUCAGCUCUGAAUCCGAUCAAGAUGGGUUUGAUGAAGCUCUGGUCGACUUUGAAUUGGGAGGAUGAAUCUUAUCCGGCUUACGAAGACUUCGUCGCGGUGCCCUUCUUUGUGUUGUUCUUCCCCACUGCUAGAUUCUUCCUCGAUAGAUUUGUAUUUGAGAGGUUGGGCAGGCGAUGCAUUUUUGGAAGAAGGCAUGAAAAUAAUGAUGAUGGGUUACCUGGAAAAACAAAGAAAAUAAGAAAGUUUAAGGAGUCUGCUUGGAAAUGCAUCUAUUUUCUUUCCGGCGAGCUUUUGUCUCUGUACGUUACAUAUGAUGAACCAUGGUUUACAAACACCAAAUUCUUUUGGUUUGGACCAGGGGAGCAGGUCUGGCCUGACCAAAAAGUAAAACUGAAACUCAAGGCAGUUUACAUGUAUGCUUCUGGUUUCUACGUAUACUCCAUUUUUGCAUUGCUCUUCUGGGAAACAAGGCGGUCAGACUUUGGGGUGUCUAUGUCCCAUCAUAUUGCAACCGCCUUUCUCAUAAUGCUAUCUUACAUAUUCAGAUUUGCACGAGUUGGUUCCGUUGUUCUAGCAAUUCAUGAUGCAAGUGAUGUAUUUAUGGAAAUAGGAAAGAUGUCGAAGUACAGUGGUUGUGAGUGGCUUGCAGCAACCUCAUUUAUUCUAUUUGUGGUCUCAUGGGUUGCACUUCGGCUCAUUUACUUCCCUUUUUGGGUCAUUUGGAGUACGAGCUAUGAAGUUGUAUUGACACUCGAUAAGGAGAAACACAAGGUUGAUGGACCCAUAUAUUAUUAUGUUUUCAAUUCUCUCUUAAUAUCGUUACUUGUUCUUCAUAUCUAUUGGUGGGUCCUUAUCUUCCGGAUGAUUAUUAAACAAAUCCAAUCAAAAGGUCAUAUUGGUGAUGAUGUUCGAUCUGAUUCUGAGGCUGAGGACGAGCAUGAGGAUUAACUCAAAUAACAUUGCAGUUUGUGCCCUGCUGAUAUGAUGAAAACGGAAAGGCUGCUUCUAUCAUUAUUAUGAUAUUCAGUUUCAUUUCAGUUACCAUAUUCACCAGCUUCUUCUUUGUUGGCCUGAGGUAAUUGAUGGAGGGGCGAGUUAAUUUGAACCUCUGUUUCUUAUUUCUUGUGCAACCGUCACCUAUUGUCGUGGUGGUCCCACGUUUCAAUUUUUUGUGACUUAUUAUUUGAUGAAACAGCUUAGGGAUAGGCAUUCUUAUAAUUAACCACUGUAUAAGUUUAAAAAGUUGUUGAAACAAUUGACAUUUCUAUUUAAACGAUAUAAUUGAAUUCCUGAAAAUCCCAUA